ACAAAAACAAGUGAUUGGAUAAUGUUUAUUUGUUGAUCGCGCCGCUUUAACUUGGUAAAAAGUGUACGGCCAGUUAAUGUGGCUUUAAUGUUUUUAAUUGGGGUUGUCUUAUUAUUAAAACCGGGUUGAGAAAUAAUAUAAACAAACUCGAGUCACCGUUAAACCUUGUGCGCGUGUGUGAGCAUUUACUUGCGGCUUUUUUUCUGGUACUUUUUGUUUUUAUAUUGUUCACUUAAUCGAGUGAGGACUGUGUGUCUGCCCCUUUUUUCGCAUCCAUUCCCCUCACUGGCCGGCGACAGAUAGACAGAGUAGAAAAGGAGACACAAACAAGUGCAUCGCAUUUGGCGAGAGCAGCAGCAUCAUCAUCAUCAUCGCAUCUUGCAACGAAAUUAAUCAAGUGAAUUUGCAUUUACUCGCACUUGCUUUCUCAUUCGCGCGCUGCGUCCAAAGGGAACAACAACAAGUGAUGGCGCAGCGGAACUAACUGUCGCCCAAAAAGGACAUCGGCACAAAGGAGAAGAGCAGGAAAAGGAAACACGCCCAUUGGCAGGACAAAAAAAGCUGGCGACUUAUUAUACAUAGUACAUACUCGUACAUAUGCAAACGUCCUUGGCUUGUGGACGUCAGCAGCGGAAGUGUAGGAGGCAGCAGGACGAAGGAUAGGUGACGUUUGACAACAGGAACAACAAACAACAAUAACAACAACAAACGAGAAACGCAAUUACUGUAAAAGGUGCGCCCAAAAAGAUGGCGACAGCAGAGGUAGCAGCAGCAGUAGGAGGAGGAGCAGGUGGCCCCAGUGGAGGAACUGGAGGAGGAGCCAGUGACAUCGGUUUAGGCAUCGGCAUCGGCAUCGAGAUGCUCAAGGCGCUGUACGACUUCCAGGCGGUCUAUCCCAAGACCAUCAGCUUCGAUGAGGGCGAGUACUUCAUCCUGUACCAGACCUCCGCCCGCCAGCGAAAUUGGUGGCAGGUGGUCAGCAUGAAGGGCAACAUUGGAUUCGUGCCCUCCAAUUACGUAAUAAAGAUUAAGGUGGAGCACGACUUCCUCAUCAGCUUUCUUAACUCCUCGAUAGAAUCGCUGGAGAAGUGCACGGAUCACGAGAUCAAUGGCAUCAUGUCCAAGGACGAACUGCUUGACAGGCUUCGGGAGAAGAAGCACACCAUGGAGCGACUCUAUGCGGAGAGCUCGGAGCGUGAUGGCGACUCCUCGUUGUCCUACUCGCACAGCUACAGUGACAAGGGCAGCCACCGGCACUCGCAUCCCCAUCCCACCCAGUCCCAGACGCAGCUCCACUCCCAGCACAGACAGCACAGUCCGCCGCCCAGCGGCAGUGGUGGCUCCCAGCGCCUGGACAUGAGCAAGAAGAGCAUGUCCAGUCCGGCGGUGGGCUCCUCUUGCGCCCUGCCCCAAACUCAGGGCAUGAUCGAGUCGCCCAGCAUGGGCAGCAUGCAGUUCCAGGGCAGCAGCUGCACCAUCCAGACGCCGCAGCAGCAACAGCCACUCCCGGCACCGCCAGCACCGGCUCCCUCGUCAUCGCCCUCGCCAGCUCCAGCCACACCCACUGCAUCGGCCGCAUCAUCGAGCAAAUCAGCCGCUGGCGGGGAUGUGGCGCAGGAUAAUAGCAUCACUUCAGAGCCCUCGGAGACGACGACGACCACUACGACGACCAGCGAGGAUGUGGUCACCACUUAUAAAGAGACCAGCCAGAUGAGCACCAGCCAGCAGCACAAGCCUCCGAACGGCAGCACUGCCUCUGCAUCUAUAUCCGCAUCCGCCUCGGCCUCGGCGUUGCGCAGCAGUGCCGGCAAUGGCAAUGGCAACGGCAACGGGAGCACGGCCGGCAUGCACCAGGAGCUGCAGCAGGAGGAGGUGGACAGUGCGCCGGACAAGUCCGACGACGCCAGCGCCGUACCGAGCGACGAUGGAUGCCAGGCCAAUGGGGACAGUGCGGACAAUAGCCAGGCGCUCGACAGCAUCGAUAGUCCGUCGCAUCGGCAGCGGGGCCUGAGUCUGGGCAGGAUCGAGGAGGGAGCCACUGGAGGCGGUCAGCUGAAGGUAGAGUCCUCGGAUGUCUAUCAGAUUGUGGACGCCCUCCGCCGAAACACAAACCUCAGUUUCGACCUGUCCUGCGAGGCGUUGCGCGUGGUGCUGACCAGCCUGGAGCAGCUCUACAACGGAGCCAUCAAUCCGUAUCUGGAGGCGGUGGCUGUUCACGUCACUGGGAAGGUGGCCACGCCCAAGGAGCUGCUAGGCAUCACGCACGACGCCAAGCGGCUGCAGUACCUCUUCGCCCAGCUGGCCGACUGCAAGAACGAUACCGAGCAGCGCACCUGGAUGCUCUACGAGGACGAGGAGGACAUCAUUCAGUUCCUCGAGGAGCUCAUCGAGAUUCUGAUCAAUGCUGAUGAGAGCAUUUGCUGCUACGAGAUGUCCUGCGAUCAGUAUCAGAUGUUCAUCAACCUGGUGCAAUACUACCAGAUGGAGACGCGCUGGUCCAUCAAGCGACUGCUGCUCAAGACGUUCACGGCCGCCUGCCACCUGGACUAUAUCAUUGUGGACAUAUUGCUGACCUCGGUGCUGCCACUGGAGAUUGUCGAGGACAUGAAAACGCACUUCUCCAAUCUGGAGCGAUUCAAACAGCUGGUCAAGAUGCUAACCAUCAUCUUCUCACUUGGGCAGCCCAUGCCGGUCAACCAUCAAGACUAUUUGGGAGUCCAUUUUGCUAGUUUUCUGCUGGAAAUCGUCGAGGGCAAUAAUCCGGAGCUAUUGGUGGAUAUGGUUAUUGCCUUAAUAUUGGCCUUCAAUCAGCAAUUCAGCGAACACACCUUUAAUGUCAUCAUCGAGGGCAUGCAGAACCUGCCCUCCGCCAAGGUAUUCACGGAGAAGCUGCUGCUCUUGCUCAAUCGAGAGGAUGAUCCCACACGCUUGCUAAAGCACCCCAACGAGCACAUGAACACGGUGCUGCGAAUGUUCAUCGACAUAUUCAGCCAUCCGGAUACGGCGGGCAUGUUCUAUACGAACGACAUCAAGGUGCUGAUCGAUAUAGUGGUUCGACAGUUGUCCGAUUUGGAUGCCGGCAGUUCGACGCGACCCUGCUAUUUGGAGCUGUGUCGACGCAUCCUGCGCAACACGAACUACCAGGAGCACCAGCACCGCAAGCACGACCUCAUGAAAAUCUUCACGCGCAUCUUUUGCGAGGAGACCGAGUGCAGUGCCUCCGAUCAGCAGUUGGUGCGGGAAAUAGCCAACGAGUUCCCGCAGCUGUUCAAGGCCUAAGGCCAUAAACCAAAAUAACCAAAAAUCCAAACCAAAUCACAGAGGGAAACCAAAAUUGUAAAGCGUUGCUAGUGAGGCGAGCUGUUGAAAGCGAGCCAACCGUAAAAUCUUAAAUUAUUUAAAAUUUGAUCAGUGAAUUGUUAUGCAUUUGUUUAGCGUCUCGGUCUCGGAUAGCCCUCAGAACUCAGAAUGCAUUUCGAUCUAUUCCGGAUCGAAAGUGAACAGACACGCGACUCUACAUAUAUCUUAUGAACAUAGUCUGUAAGCAGGACAAAUGUACUAGUUGCAUGUGGAGUAGAUGCAACCUCAUAGAGAUACCCAGUAGCGAUGAUAUCUGCUAAUCCAUAAACAUUUAGACGAAGAAUGAAAGAAAGCUAUAGUCAUAGCCUAAUACUAAAUUAUCCCCAAUUUAGGAUGAUUUCACUCAUUUAGAAUUUAGCCAGAGACAAUUUUAGCCAGAAACAGAAACAGAGUCAGAGAACAGCCUCACUUUUAAAUUUUUAUAGUUAUAGUGGCCAAUUUAUUUGGAAUUCAAAAUUUUGACAAAGCAAAACAAAAGAGGGGAAGAAGUAUAAAAUAUUUAUAGCCUAAUUAUACACCUAUAAUGAAAAUAUACAUUCAUGACAAAUGCGAAUGAAACGUUAAUUGCAAUCUAUAAGUAAACAAUUGAUAUAUUAACGAUGUAUGACAAAGUAUUUGCAGCUAGCAAAAUCCAAAUCGAUUCGAAUGUAACGAGCAUAUAAUGUUAAAUUUGUUUAUAUAAUCUAUGGGGAGGAGAACUAAGCCGAACAGGAAAUCAUUGACAAUUGUUAAAGCUCAAAUACAUAUUAAUUGGAAGCUAAGGAGGCUGGAAGUUUAGAAAGAAAACUCUGCAGAAAGCAUUGAAAGUAACAACACCCAUUUACAUUUCUCCCUCACUAAAAGACACACACAGUGGCGUAUGCAUUAAGGGGCUUAAAAAUACGUUUUAUUUAAUUGUUAAAUUUGUGAUUAAAUAUUUUUUUUUUAAUAUGGGGGCCUAUGCUCUGUGUACGCCACUCUUUCUCUAUAUCUCUCUCACUAUUUCUCAAGCUAAAUAACAAAACGAAGAUUCCAGCAGGUACUUUGGAAAAAACCCAUACUUUAAAUUGUAUUUAUUUUUGGAAGGUAAAUUAAAUUAAUUAUUUUCGAAGGUUUUUCAUUUUACCUUAUUUUUAAAGAGUUACUUUGUAGUUAUAGGGUAUUGGGUAGUUAUUUUAUAAGGUUGUUUUUUUUGCAUAAAUAUUAUAUUUUUUUCUCAGAAAAGGGAAAGUGUUUUACUCUCCCUGCCAACUUCUUAUUUGCUUCCAAGAUCUGCUGGAACUUGUUAUAUCUAUCUCUAUAUAAACACAUAAACCCAUCUACAAACACACAUAGUUUUAGACAAAUUUCAUUGGCAUUUAUUUGUUAUUGUUACGUCACAGUUACCAAACUCAAAAACUUAAUGAAAAACUACAACGAAAUUUAUAUGAAAAGUAAAAAACAAAAAGAAAUAACGUUUUAACUCAGAUUAGUAGAUGACCUUAGGGUGGAAAACACAUUGGAUUAUUAUUUUCGAUUUGAUUUUGUUACCAUAAAAAUAUAUUAGUAAAUCCUGCUAUCAUUCCAAUUUAAUAAAAGCCAAUUUUAUCAAAGAAGCAAUAAACUAUAUAAGUUAUUACUCACGCCAGUUAACAAAAAAUGGCUUUGGAGACACUGCCUGUAGUAUAGGAAGGGAUUUCAAUAUUGCAUUAACCUGGAUACUAGUUAAUGUAAUUAAAAAAUUUGUGGAUUUCGUAAUAAUUUCUAAUGUGAUUUCCGCCUUUAAUUAUUGCCAAUCAUUUUGAUUUUUAAGUUUGAAAGGUCCUUCUUGUUACAUUUUUUAAGCAAUCAAUUUAAAUCAAAACGCGUGAGCAUGAUAUUAAAACAUUCAUAUAUUCAAAAUUUCCCGUUGGAUCUUAAGUUAAAACUGAGUAUUUGAUAAGCUGCUGAUGCAUGAACGAAUUUAAUUUGCCAAGUUUCAUAAUGAAUAGGGAUAUUUACAACCAGUUAUAAACGAAACUAAAUCAGAAACUAAAACCAAUAUUAACCACAAAUUGUACCUUUCGAUUUUGAAUUUAAUUAACACUUCGAUAACUGCAAAAUUAAUGAGGCAAUAAAGUGCACGAAGCUGCAAUGAGAACAAUUAAUGUUUAAAAGUACUACGUUAACAAAAUCAUACACGUUUUACGUCAAGCAAAUAGAGCUAAUUUAAAAGAUUGUUAACCUCUCAUUUUUUAACACGAAACAGAGAUCCUAAAAACAGAAACCAAACAAAUUACAAGUUUUAAUAAACGCAUUCAAAAUGUAACGAAACGAAAUUGCAAUUGUAAGAAACUAAAAUAAUAAAUAAAAAAAAUUCAAGCAUAAUUUAA